AUUGAUAUUUACCUUUCCAUUCUGCGGUUGAUUCCCUGCUCGGCUCUGCGUUAGGGCUCUUUGCAGAUGAUCAAACAUGAAUUACAUCGGGUCCCGGUGACAGCACUGGCCUUCAGUAAGGAUUAUCUGUUUGCAGGAGAAGGCCCUGUCCUGAGAAUCCACCAGCGUCAUGACAACAAUCUGCUCGAGACAGUCAAAAUCUUCGCUUCUCAAGCCAUUCAUGGGAUAGCUAUCUAUUAUGAUGGCAUUGUUGUCUGGGGUGGUCGUUUGGUGGCACUCUAUACCUUCACCUCGGAUGGCACUUCCACACUCGAAUUCGUCUCCUCUCUGGAAGCAACGGACUGGAUCCUUGACAUUGCCAUCUCUCCAGAGCUAUCUGGGAAUAAAAGGAAAGCUGCUUUGAUCACUGCUCACAACGCACUUCUUCUGCUCGAUUUGGGCGAUUCAAACACUGGUUUGCAGGAAUUGACAUCGAAUUCCAAGUGCAUUCUCUACUCGGCCCAUGUACACUGGACUGACGACGAGCACAUUCUUAUUGCCUCGGGAACAGUCUUUGGCGACAUUAUUCUGUGGUCUUGCUUCUUACAAACGCACGGUGCACCUUCUUCAGUACUCCAUCAUGUGUUGAUCGGUCAUGAAGGGUCUAUCUUCGGGGUCCAAAUCUUCGAAGUUCCGACUGACCAAGUUCACGAAGGUCGUGAGGGUCCAUCACGUUUACUCGCUAGCUGUAGCGACGAUCGUACGGUUCGGGUCUGGGAUAUUUCAUACCUGCCGGAGACUGCUACAGAUCCACAAGCCGCUGCAGAUCUGACAUCGGCUCGAGAGACUGGUUUUGGUGCUAACGUUGCAGAUGUGUUACCAGGAAACGCAUCUGGAGGAAAAUGCAUCGCCAAAGCUUGGGGUCACGCCUCCAGGAUAUGGGGCGUGAAGUUCAUUCCGUCUCCAACUUCUAGCACGAUUUCCUAUGUCGUUUCCUUUGGCGAAGACACCACCCAUCAAUUCUGGAGUCUGAAGGAGACAGCGCCUGAUGAGUUCUCAUUAACACACCAUGGAGGUUCUUGCCUACAUUCUGGCAAGAACAUCUGGUCCUGGGCAAUCCACCAGAUAUCUCCAGAACACGUUGUCGUUGCCAGUGGUGGCGCUGACGGUAGUGUUGCGAUUGAACCGAAGUCUGUGCCUUUUACGAACCAAUUCGAUCAUACUCAGAGCUGGUCUAUCCAGGACCUUGGGUCGCUAUGUCCCGAGCAGUCAACAUCUGGACGACCAGAUAUGCUGCGAAGCUAUGCUUUCCUCGGCAAGACAGACCUAUUGGUCACUACCAAUGCAGGCAAUAUAUUGUUGUUAACUCAGGAUGAGCAGCGCCAGCCUGUAACAGAAUGGAUUUGCAACGAGCCAAAGCUUCGCGGAUACUCCGUCGUCACCAGCAUACCAACCCUAUCAAUUGCUUUCUUGGCCGGAAUGGAUGGCUCGGUCAUGCUGUAUGAUGGUAGCGAGAUUAAGCAGUUGGUGAAGUCAACCAGGAAAACGGCAGCUUUGUUCGCUCAAGACUUGACGUCCCUGAACACCGCUCAUCACCAAGUUGGUCUCUUAAUUGCCAACGUCGAGGCCAAAACGGCUCUCUUCUCACGCUUCGAUCUGAGCGGUUCCGAAGAUAGUCCUCGAACGACUGAAAACCUUUUGACUUGGCGACUGACAUUGCCCAAAGGUUUCGUCACUACUAGCUUCCUUACUAUCAAUCUCGAUUCAGAAGGCAGCAUGAUGCUUGUUGUUGGCUCCCGAAGUGGCUCAAUAUCCAUCUUUCUCAUCAAAGAAGGUGGGAUAAUUGAAGAUGAUAUAACACACCACUGUCUGCUCGACCGAGCCCAUGGCACCGACUCUGUUACUGACCUCGCUUGGUUCGCUGAACCGGGUUCAACCUCUAAUGGCGGUCACAUCUUCUCAGUUGGCAAAGAUGGAACUUAUGCUAUACACCGGCUAUCAAGGUCAGACUCGAGUAUCGGUCUCCGACUUAUCAGCCAGACUACUCUGCCACUAGGCACAAACAUUGAAGGAUUAUACAUCGAUGGGAUUACUGGUCACCUCUUGGUUUGGGGCUUCCACAGUCGGCGGUUUAUCGUGUUUGAUGCGACUGACGAGACCGAGAUCAUGAGCAUCGAUUGUGGAGGAGCGAACAGGAUCUGGAAAUUUGAACCCGAGAGCGGGCUACAAGGCGGCCACUUCGUUUGGACCCAGGCCUCUCAGCUUUGCCUCUUUUCGCAGAUUCAGCAGCCCACCAAGGUAUUGAACAAAGGCAAUCACGGCCGCGAAAUCAAGUCGGUGGCUGUUGCUCCUAAGAACCCCAUAAAUGUCGGCAUACUGUUCGCAACCGGUUCGGAGGACACGGAUAUCAAGCUUUUCACUUACCAGAAUGAGGGUAAAGUGCCCCACUUCCACUGUUUGAAAACACUGCGAAAACACAACACUGGUAUUCGGCAGCUGGAGUGGUCAUCUGAUGGGCACUACCUCUUCAGUAGUGGUGGGUUCGAGGAAUUCUUCGUUUGGAGAGUGGAGACGGCACCUCUAGUCGAGCUUGGUGUAGUCUGCGAGUCGGUAUAUCCUACCGAGAGCGACUUGCCUGAUCUCAGAAUCAUGAGCUUCUCCUGCGUAGAAGAAGGUGACAACUUUAUCAUCACCAUGGUUCGCUCGGACUCUACUUUGCGAAUGUAUCGAUACAGCCCUGGUCAAGAGAAUCAUUGGAGUAUCUUGAUGGUUGGCAACUACUUGACGUCUUGUCUCACACAAUGUCUGCACAUACAGCGUGACAAUGGGGCACAAUCGCUUAUCACAGCUGGUACUGAUGGGCAUGUUGCUUUCUUUUCCUUGGAGGCCGACUCGACUUUCGCUACUCCCGAACCAAGCGCUUUGAGGUGGUCGUCUCGCUCCAUAAUCCACCAGAACACAAUUCAUUCGAUGAGAUUGCAUUGGUUUGACAACAGGACAUGUCUGUUACUCACAGGAGGUGAUGACAACGCCGUCGCAUUCAGCAUCUGUGCCUGGCAUCCGGCUCAAUGUACGCCACAAGUCAGCACAGUGAUUAUCCCGCGUGCGCAUGCGGCUGCUGUAACUGGCGUCGAGAUUCUAGCCUCUUCCACCGCCAAUCUACUUACCGUUGCUACAACCAGUAUCGACCAGCGUCUCAAACUCUGGGAGGUGCAGUAUGACUCUUCACUGCCAGUGGUAGACGGCCUCUCCAUCAAGCGGAGAGGCACUUAUUCUACGGCUGUCGCAGAUGUUUCCGAUCUCGCGGCUCUAGACUCGUCUUCGCUCAUUGUCUGCGGAGUAGGCAUGGACGUAUGGAUUCACAGCGGUUGAGAAAGGGUGCAUAGCAUUCAUUGACAGGGAUCGGCAGUUGAGGAUGCGUGGCCUACCGCUUUCAUCUCAAACCAACUUGGUUACGGACGAAGAGGAGACGAUCAGGAAUACAACGUGCAAGGCGACCUGCAUGAGGAGGCUCCUGGUUGGCUGGGAUGCGGGGUCCCCGGUUUUAGCCCCACAGGACGUGGGGCCAGAGUGUCUAUCAACUGCAUCACCUCCGCAUACUCAUACCUAGCGAUAACGAGAAUCCUUAGAGGAAGAAAGCUUAGUGCGAGAUGGAGUGGAUAUAUGUAGACGAUUUUGCCGGUGCUUUAUUCCGCCCAUUUUGGCGUUUCCAGUAGUAUUUUCUCAACUCCAAGCUCGAACACAAUGGAAGGAUCUUCGCAGCAUCCACACCAACGGCAUAUCAUUCACAG